UGUGCCACGUGAAGACAGCACCGCUCCUGGAGACACGCACGGGGGUGAAGUUGAGAUGACAGACAUAGGAGGAGGAGUCACUGUUCGCAGUGCACAGUGGAAGCGCAUAUCAGCCCAAGAAAAGGACUCCCUGUUCCUGAAGGAGGCCCUUGUUCUGAUUUGGGGAACAGAGACCCUUAGAAACAGAACUGUGACGGGCCGGCCAUGCAACAAAUUGAAGUCUCAAGGUGUGGGACCAGUCGACCCUGGGCUAACACCGAAGAAACUGGACGCUUUGAAAGAGGCAUAUCGGAAGCGUCUGACAGCAAGAGGGGAGAAGGAAGAGGAGAUCGGAAAAAAAAUGAAGAAAGUGCGCGAGACGCUAAACGAUAAAAUAAAAAGCUUGAAAAAGUGGAUAGGUGGUUAA